CACCCCACUCUCGGUCACAUGGCAGUGAUGUCACUCCCGCAGUAACCUGAAGAGUUCUGGGGUGCCGCUGUUUCAUUGCGAAUAAUGCAGUCACUGAGAAGUCUGUGUGCGCUCCGCCUCGGACGGUGUCUUAGUAAUGUGGCGCCUAAAAGUCUUGAGGGACAAAGAUUAAUGGUGGUUGGACUAGGGAACUAUAGGAUGGCAGGAACCCGGCACAGCAUUGGCAUGGCAGUGGUAAAUCAGUUAGCCCGCAGGCUGAACAUUGCAGAUCGGUGGAAGGCAGACAGACAAGCAGGAGCUGACCUUACUGAUACUGACAUUGAUGGGAUGCACGUCGUGCUAAUGAAACCACGCCAGUUCAUGAAUCUUAAUGGAAAGAGUGUGGCAAAUGCAGCAACCAAGUUUCGACUAAAACCUGAAAAUAUUUAUCUUCUGCAUGAUGAGCUGGAUAAGCCUUUGGGCAAGGUGUCCUUGAAGUUUGGAGGAAGUGCCAGAGGCCAUAAUGGUGUUCGCUCUUGCAUUACAUGUCUUCAGUCAGAUAUAAUGACCCGUCUCUUAGUUGGCAUUGGACGUCCUGCUGAUUGCUCGUCAGUAGAAUGGCAUGUCCUGGGGCGGUUCAACAAGGCUGAGCAAGAUCUUCUACCAGAUGUUUUGGAGAGGAGUGUAGAGCUGGUGCUAACACACAUCAAACAAAAAACUGGAUCAGAGCCUCCCAGAAAAACUGCGACCUUACAGGGCCCCAUCAAGUCCUGACAGGAAUAAUUAUGAAAACUAUGAAGGUAAUAGCUAUGACUGUGAUACUCAUUGAUAUCAACAACAGCUAAGGUGUAAAAGGCCAGAAUUCUGCCUUUUAUCUGUUAAAGGAACAGUUCUUACAAGAUACAUCUCUAUAUCAGACGUGACUUCAGGCUAUGACUUGUCAGUUGUGCUGGAAUUACAUAGGGGGCCUGCUCAACAACUUUCACUGCCAGAUGGUGCGGUGGUGUAUACAAGAGACUAAAUAUAGCUUAUAUUUAUGUAAUUGAUACAUUUACAUUUUAUAUUAGAAUGUAAGAUUAAAAAAGCAAUAAAUAAAAAUGUCACAAAUUAUAUUUAACAAAAACUUUGUCUAUGUUUUAUGCAUUAUGAAAUGUUAUAUUUUUCUUCUUUUGCUCUUCUUUUACAUACCAAUUUUUCUCAUUUUACUUUAUAAAUUGUUUCUCUGCCUUUAUUUUACUGAUACUGAUCCAUCACAACUGUUGUCACCUACUGUCUUCCUUCCCCCAUUAUCAUGGUAACAUAGUUAUUUUGGUUGAUAAAAGACUUGCCAUUAAGAUAAAAGACUUGCCAUUAA